AUGGCUGACCCUACUGUAGCCCCCAUCAAUGGGGUCACCUCCAAUGGCGAUGAAGCUCCGAUUGUAGCCUCCAGUACCGGCAACGGCCGUUUCGAACUGAUCUCCGGUCCGCUGAUCAACCUCAAGAACAUGCACUACGAGUCUACGGCUGUGUGGAACGGAAGUGUAUUGAUUGUCACCAAGCCAGGCCAGGACCAGCCACAAUUGCAUUUGCGCCAACUUGGUCCUGUCUCGUCCGAAGGCCAACUUUCAUCCCACGCCCAGACAGACCAGACCAUCGCCGGUCUGAAGCUCUACGAAGACCCACACAAGGCAUUCUGGCGGUUUUCACUUGAUGUACCCGUCGAGGCCUACGAGGCGAGCUGGGAAUACGAUAUUCCAGGUCUAUACAAUGAAUCUGAGGAGCAGGUCAAAAAUCCCUGGAACUUUGUGGUCCCCGCAGAGGACCAGUCUAUGCGCAUCAUGUUCCACUCAUGCAACGGAUUCUCUGUUGGCACCGAUAUGGAUGCGUGGUUGGGACCCAAUCUGUGGAAUGACGUGCUGCGCGUCCACGGAAAGAAGCCCUUCCACGUUAUGGUUGGCGGAGGCGACCAGAUUUACAACGACGGAAUUCGAGUAGAUGGUCCCCUGAAGCAAUGGACAGCCAUUAGCAACCCCCACAAGCGCCGUACCCAUGAUUUCAGCGAACAGAUGCGUGCUGACUGUGACGAGUACUACUAUGCUAAUUACGUGCGCUGGUACAACACCGAGCCUUUCCGAGCUGCCAACGGCAGAAUUCCCCAAGUCAACAUUUGGGAUGACCACGACAUCAUUGACGGAUUUGGCUCAUAUACCGAUCAUUUUAUGCAAUGCGCAGUCUUCCGUGGUAUUGGUGGCGUUGCCUUCAAGUACUACUGUCUGUUCCAGCACCAUAUUGCUCCUCCCAAGUCGACUUUCACCACCGAUGCGCCUCAGACCAUGCAUGCAGUCAAUGGCACUGCCGGUGCUGACCCCCGUCAACUCGAAAACACAUUUGUUCUUGAUAGCCAGACUGAGGAUGAUAGCUGGAUUAUCGGCAAGCGCCCAGGUCCCUAUGUAGAGGAACGCAGCCGCAAUUUGUACAUGCGAUUCGGAAAGCGCAUCGCGUUUUUGGGUGUGGAUGCUCGAACAGAGCGCACCCGCCACCAGGUCAACUAUAACGACACCUACGACCUUCUUUUCCAAAGAGUCGCGCGGGAAAUUGCUGCUGCUAACGGCGAAAUCAAGCACUUGGUCGUUUUGCUGGGUGUCCCAAUUGCCUACCCGCGUCUGGCGUGGCUGGAGAACAUUCUGACUUCCCCCAUUAUUGCCCCAAUUCGUCUGCUGAACAAGCGUUUCGGUGUUGCAGGCGGUCUUUUCAAUGAAUUCGAUGGACAAGUCGACUUGCUGGACGAUUUGGAUGACCACUACACUGCUCGCCAACACAAGCGUGAACGUAAGAUGCUGGUUAAUCGCCUGCAAGAGCUUGCCCGCGUCCACUCUGUACGAGUUACUAUUCUGAGCGGUGACGUCCACUUGGCUGCCAUCGGACGUUUCUACUCCCACCCCAAGUUGAAUUUGGCUGGUGAGAAUGACCACCGCUACAUCGUCAAUGUUAUCAGUAGUGCCAUUACCAACAAGCCCCCUCCCAAGGCUGUGGCCAACCUCCUAGCCCGCCGGAACAAGAUUCACCAUCUUGACCGUACCUGUGAUGAGACAUUGAUGAACAUGUUCGACCAGCAACCCGGCGGCCAAGAGAAGAGUGCCACAUGGAACAAGGUGACUAUGCCAUCGCGUAACUUUGCUUGUUUGACUGAGGUUGUCGCUCCCGCCUCCAAUGGAUCUUCUGAAGAGCCUGUAAGCACCAAGCUUGAUCGUCUUCCUAAGGAUGGCCACGCACCCCUUCACAGAGGUGAAGUUGAAGCAGGCACAACUCACAAGGCUGCCGAUGGUAUCAGCAGCGAUAGUGGCACGUAUGGUGGUCUAGAUGUUGCGAUCCGUGUGGAGAUUGACCCACAUGACCGUCAAGGAACUACCGAGGGCUAUGGCUUUAGUAUUCCCCCUCUGACCUCUACUGCGCCACCCCCAUCCCGCCACAGCCUUCGCUCUCGCAUUUCGCGUCAAGAUGUCCAUCAUGAUGCGCACGCACAGGCCGAGCCCGCAGGACGCCCAUCAACAGCUCACUAA